CUCCCUGCGAUCCUUGCGGUGGCGUCUCUGGCUCCGCCCACGGCUCCCAGAGUGCUCCAUGCUAGUCCGGUUCGUGUCCUGUGUGCGCCUGCGCAAAAGCAGAAUGGAACAGCAGAGGGGGCUCCUGUUGUUUCUGGGGGUACAGAUGCUGCUGGUGGGGGCAUUGCUCUACCAAAGCCACCACCGCCGUAGCUUCACCUCCUUCCUGCGCUCCCUAAUACAAGACAAGCCAGAGGAUGGAGAAGAGCUGCCUUUUCUGGUUCAGGUCUCCUCUGUAGGAAUCCCUUACCAGGAUGUGUACUCCAACCUCAGCCAGAUUCACCCCCUGGACAUCAGUGAUGAGGAUCUGCCCAACUGUCCCAUCAUCUCGCCCUACAUCAAUGGUCCUUUGAAGGUGCUGAUCCCAGAGAACCUGACGAUGGAGCAGGUGGUGGAGAAGAACCCACUGGUGGAGCUGGGAGGCCAGUACCGGCCACCCGACUGCUGGACAGAGCAGCACACGGCGGUCGUGGUGCCCUACUGUGGGCAAGGCCGGCAGCUGCAGCAGCUGCUCUUCCACCUGCACCCCUUCCUGCAGCGCCAGCAGCUGCACUACGCCGUCUACGUGGUGAACCAGGUGAACAACAGCCCCUUCAACCGGGGCAAGCUGUGCAACGUGGGGUUCUGGGAGGCCAUGCAGGAGGAGGACUGGGACUGUGUCUUCUUCCACGAUGUGAACCUCCUCCCGGAGGACGACUGCAACCGCUACGUCUGUGACGUCUUCCCUGCCCAUGUGUCCGUGGCCAUUGACAAGUUCAACUACAAGCUGCCCUACCAGGGCUAUCUUGGAGGGGUGUUUGCUCUGCGCCCCAUUCACUACCUGAGGAUAAACGGUUUCCCCAACACGUACUGGGGCUGGGAUCAGGAGGACAAUGAGAUCGCUGCCAGGGUGAAGCUCAGUGGGAUGCUCCUUUCCCGGCCCCACCUGCUCUUUGGCCGCUACCACAUGCUGGAGGAGGGGCAGUACCCCAGCCACAAGCAGAGCCCCCAGAGAGGGACUCCAGAAGGCAGACUGUCUGGGGGCACGAGGAAGAGAUGUGCCUUCUACAACUGCUGCUGCUGCCUGUGCUGUGGGGAGAAAGGGGCAGAUAUAACACAUGAUCCUCCAGUGGCCACCAACAAGCCCGAACAGAAGCUGCAUGAAAGGACUCGGGGGCGGUUCUUUCUCCUCGGGGACUUCUGGACCAAAAACUGCUCCCUGAGCAUCAGAGACGUCAGCAUGGAGGACAGUGGGACAUACUUCUUUCACGUGGAGACAUCCUUCAGUAAACACUCAUAUCUAGAUAAAAUGUUCUCUCUGAAGGUGACAGCUCUGAUCCACAAACCCCACAUCCCCAUCCCGGAGACCCUGGAGUCUGGCUGCCCCAGGAACCUGACCUGCUCGGUGCCCUGGGCCUGUGAGCAGGGCACACCCCCCAUCUUCUCCUGGACAUCAGCUGCCCUCACCUCCCUGGGCCCCAAGACCCUCCUCUCCUCAGUGCUCACCCUCACCCCACGGCCCCAGGACCACAGCACAACUGUCACCUGUCAGGUGAUGUUCCCCACAACUGGGGUGAUCGUGGAAAGGACCAUCCAGCUCAACGUCACCUAUGCUCCACAGAACGUGGCCAUCAGCAUCUUCCAAGGAAACAGACCAGCCCUCGAGACUCUGCAAAAUGCCUCAUCCCUUCCCAUCCUGGAGGGCCAGGCUCUGCAGCUGCUCUGUGUUGCUGACAGCAACCCACCUGCCCAGCUGAGCUGGUUCCGUGGAAGCCUGUCCCUGAGCCCCUGCCAGCCCUUGGAUCCCGGGGUCCUGGAGCUGCCCCACGUGGUCUUAGGAGAUGGAGGAGAAUUCACCUGCCGAACUCAGCACCCGGGGAGCUCCCACUGUGUCUCCCUGAACCUGGUUGUACAGGGUGAGUGUAAGCAAGGAUGCCUGGGCUCUGAGCUGGGCCGUGAGAAGGAUUAAGAUGUGGACUUAAGGAAACACACACCUCCACCUUCCGCCCUCUUCCUCUUCCAGGUACCUCCUGUUCCUGCCCCCAAGUCUCUGUGGAGCAGCAGGGCACCUGGCCCCUGGUCCUCACCUUGCUCAGGGGGGCCCUCAUGGGGGCUGGUUUCCUUCUCACUUAUGGCCUCACCUGGAUCUAUUAUA